GAUAUAUUUCAUGAACUUGAAAAUGAAUCUUAUGCUAAUUUAUUUUAUAAAUAUACUAAAGAUGAUGUUAAAAAUGAAGUUAUAGAAUAUCCAAUGGAUCUAUUUACUAUAAAUUCAAAAUUAGAAAAUAAUCAAUAUACAAGUUUAAAAGAAUUUGAAAAAGAUAUUCGUUUAAUAUUUUGCAACUGUUAUACAUAUAAUGAUAUUAAAAGUAAAGAAUAUUGUUCAGGUAAAAUAUUAGAAUCUAUUUUUAAUGAAAAAUGGAAUGAA